UGAAUGGACAGGUCCAAGAUUCGAUCAUUGGAAGCUAUGAACUUACUCGCAAUAUAGUAAAAAUAGAUAAAUAUCAUGCGAUGGCCUUGUUUGCUAAUACAGGUCUAGAUCCUCCCCGUUUUGAUCAGCAUUCUUCUGAUUAUUUAUUUACGGGAAGAGAGAUAGUAUCAAUGCUUUUCUCAGAAACCCCUAUAAAUUAUGAGAGAGCUCCCAGUUCUUUCAAUGAUCUUUAUGCACCCUAUAUCCAAUAUGAUCCGACAGAAGUUCUCACUGUGAUUAAAGAUGGCCAGAUGUUACGUGGCGUCUUAGAUAAAAAAUCUGUCGGUGCUAAAGCUACAGGUGGUAUUUUCCAUCUCAUAGGUAGAGAAUAUGGAUCUCAGAAAGCGCUUGAUAUGAUCUUUGCUCUUCAACAGAUUGUACUUCAGUUUAUUAUAUACAGGGGUUUCACAGUAGGCCCAGUCGAUCUAUUGACUUCGUCUUCAGCCUCUUCUAAACUUCAAGAAUUAGUUGCCAGUGCCCUACUAGAAUCUCGCAUUAUUACAGAUAGACUUAUUGGAGGAGAAAUCAUUCCACCCAUAGGGUAUACAGUCCAUGAAUAUUAUGAAAAACUUCAGAUUAAUGCUCUGAAAGUCGACGAACAAGAAAUGUUGCGAGUAAUUCUGGGUAGUAUUUCACCCAAUUCUAAUGGAUUCUUCCGUAUGAUAGCUUCUGGUGCUAAGGGGAACAAUCCUAAUCUUAUCCAUGUGGUUGGUAAUAUUGGCCAAACGGCCAUCAAUGGGGAGAGAAUAAGAGAGCAAUUCGCUUUCCGAAGAACAAUGCCAUACUUUCCUCGCUUUUCUACGGAUCCUUCAGCCUAUGGUUUUGUUGAACACAGCUAUAUGGAUGGGAUGACCUUGCCUGAGUUCUUCUUUCAAGGUAUGAAUGGUCGUUAUGAUUUGAUUAACAAAGCUCUCUCUACUGCUACAACUGGAUAUUUUAUGC